UCUACACUGGGUUGGAAAGCUGGGCUCCAAACUUGCAUUUCAUCAGGGCUGAGGUCGAUUCUUAACGUAUGACCGCCCCACUCGGCAUCACCUCGUCAAUCCACUAUGAUGCCCAAAUUCUAGUUUUAAAUUCGGUUGUAAAGACCUAAACCCCCGCAGAUAGGCCGACUUCAGCCUGGCAGCAUCACACAGACAAGGUACACGUCCAUGGCGAGGGGCUGGCAUACGACUUGACGCCUGAAUGUCACACUUGUGACGGUGUAUGGCAGAGCUCUGCGAACAUGUCACCGUUUAAUGACUCCUUAGUUUCUUUUUUUAUUCUUGCGACGCUAGAGCGUCAAAACAUCACCUAAACAUACGUCAAAAACGUUUCAAAAUGUAUCAAUAUCGCUAUUUCCCUCUUCAAAACAGCAAAUGUUUUUAUAACCUUCUGUCUUACGUGAUUUCCCUUGGGUCCGUGAAUGUAACUCGCCAUAUAGCGAACAUAAUUAACCUGUUCAGGAGCCAAGGAUGAGCUCAGGCACUCAGGGUGAUUUAUAUAAUUUCUCUUCUGCACACGAUGUAUCCUUCGGAGUUUAUUCAUUCUAAGGUGACAGCUGUGCUUUCAUUUCAAUUCAACUAGAUAACGUCUCAGAGUCAUUUACUAUUUAUAGGAGCUUUUAUGUAUUAUGUAAGAUGUGGUUGCAUGUUUUAUAUCAAUAUUUAAAUUUAUUCAUGCAGGAUACAUGCCCUCGCUGCCUCACGAUAUUUGUGUGUCUGCAGGCAUCAUAUAAAUAGUUGUGUUUGUGCGUGAUGCAGCAGCUGGGGAAUACAUCCAGCUGUAAACAGAGAACAAAGUGCUCCCUCUCCCUCUCUCUUUCUCUCCUCUCUCUCUCUCCCUCUCUCUGUCUAUCCAUCUAUCUGUCCCCCUGACUGCAGUCUGCAUACAGUGCCACACUGCUGCUGCUGCUGCUGCUGUGUGAUACAAGCGAGUGGGAGGUACAGCUUCCUCUGUUUUGCCUCAAAAAAAAGGAAAAAAAAAUGACGAGACAUCUUCCUGGAGCUGCUGCAGCAGGGGUGGAUUUGGCUUCCAGUCUCCUGCAUUGCACAAUCUUUCCCCUCCGCUCAGACAGAUAAAUAAGACAAAAGAAGGAGCGCUGGAGGACGAGGAGAAGGGGAGAGAAGAUACAGAGAAAAGGACGGAAAAGAGCCACAGUAGGGUGAGGGGGUGUGGAAGAUAACAGAUUAGAAAAAAAAGAGUGGGAGAGGUUGAAUGGCAGAGGGGGCAUGAGGAGAGACAGGAAGGAAGUGGUAGACAGAGGAAACAGAAGGUAAGAGUGAGUUGCACCACAGUAGAAUGAGGAUGAGAGUGAAGCAUUUGAGCUGCCACCCUUUCGCACGCCACCCCGGAUCCAUUGCUUUCUGAAGAGGCACAAAGAGGAAUCCACCGUGGAGUCGAGAAGGAGAAGGAGGAGGGGGGGUGAGGAGGAGGAAGCCAGAGGUUCUACACACAAGAUGGCUGCUGUGUCCUCUGCCUCUGACACUGGUGACCCCAGGGGCCGCCACCCCCCUGAGCGCAGACUGCUCAUCCUGGGGGGCCCGCAGUCUGGAAAGACCUCCACUGCCAACACCAUCCUUGGGGACGAGGUCUUCGACGCGGGGACGGAGACGACUCACAGCAACGUGGGCCAGACGGAGAUCUACGGCCGACGGGUCACUGUGGUCGACACCCCGCCUUGGGUCAUCCCCACUGACCCGGAGGACGAUGGCGAAGCUGACAAUAAUGACAACGCUGGCGCUGAGUCGGACAGCCCGCCACGGCCCCCACCAAGCCUGGACAGCGAGGGGCCCUGCAUGGGGGCCAUCCUCUGCCCUCCCGGACCCCACGCCAUACUGCUGGUGGUGUCGGUCACGCAGCCCUUCACUGACACCCAGAGGAGGGCCGCGGAGGAUCAGCUGGGGGCUCUCGGUGGAGGGACUUGGAGGUACUCCAUGGUGGUCUUCACUGGGAUAGACAAGCUUCCCAAAGGUGUCUUCAUUGAGGAGCACAUAGCGAACACUGGAGAGGGCCUUCAGUGGCUGGUGGAGAGAUGUGGAAGCAGGUACCACGCCUUUGAUAACACUCGCAAAGAGACAGAAGACAACACACAGGUACCCGAGCUGAUGGAAAAGGUGGAGGAAAUGAUCACUGACAACCAAGGCUGGUACUUUGAGGUGAAUGAGCUGAUCCUACUGGAGGAAGAGCAAGCCAGGAGAGCUCUGGAGGAAGAGAGGAUGAGGAUGGAGGAGCAUGCGAGACAGAGGGAGCAGAUGAUUGGAGGACCUCCCAGAGAAUUGAGGUUGCUGCUGUUGGGCUGGAAGGGCGUAGGAAAGAGCUCAGUGGGGAACUCCAUCCUUGGCCGUCGGUACUUCGAGUCGGGCCAGGAGACUGAGCUGUGCCUCAGGAGGCAGGCGCUUGUUUCUGGCCGUCGGGUCACAAUCGUCGACACUCCUGGAUGGGACUGGUUCUCCGUGAGGCGAACCCCGAAGCGCAUCCGCCAGGAGUCCCAGCGCGGAGCCGCCCUCCUGCGGCCUGGACCCCACACCCUGCUGCUGGUCCUCCCCGUCGUCUCGUCCCUCACAGCCAGGAAGAGGCGAACGCUCCUGGCUCACAUAGAGACUCUGUUUGGCGACAGCGCGUGUCUCCACACCAUGGUGCUCUUCAGCUGUGGUGACUGGCUGGGCCGCACGCCCAUCGAGGAGCACAUUCUUAGAGGCGGGCGUGAGCUGCAAAGACUACUUGAAUACUGUGGGAACUAUUACCACGUCCUGGACAGUAAGACCCCUGGCAAAGACAGGAGUGUGUCAGUCCUGCUGGAUAAGAUAGAGGAGAUGAUCAGGGAGAACGGUGACAAGGCCUUUCUCCCCAUACAGACCGAGUGGUUGAGCGAGGAGAGCUCCUACUCCUCUGACAACACCGAGCCAGAGGACGACUGUCGAGGAUGCCAGCUGCAGUGAUACAAUCACACUGAAAGGAAAGUGGUCUGGCUUUUUAUCCGUGUUCUGAGUCUUCAAUAGGUCCAAACAUCACCUCAUGUAACUUAAACCUCAUCUAGAUAUCCUUUUCCAAACUCUGAGGAGUUUUAGGGAAAACAGACAGUUCGGAGCGGGAGUCUCGUCAUGAGUAGCUCUUUGUUCACAUUGAAAAGACUGAACUCACUGAUCACUGAGCAAAGCUGGACCUGGACUAACAGUGCGGCGAACAACCACAGCAAUGUUCCAAAACCAUCCUCCUCAAACCCAAGAGAAGGAGAAGUAUUCCGCUUUUGCUUCAAGGGACCAGAAGGAAAAAAAUGGUUCAUGAGCAUGUUCACAGAAAUCAACUGCUGCUAAAGAGACCUGGUAUCAACACUGCAGAGUAAAGAAUUACUCGUAACUAUACGUUCACACUGCACUGAUAACAUUUAUAUUACAGGUUUGAAGUGAUAUAUCAAAACCAAACGGGAAAGAAGACAACAUGAUCAUGACCAGGCAGAUGUGGGGGUAGGGCUCAUGUCUGCAGCAAGUUAGUCACUCUUGGUCACUGGAAGAGUAAGAGGAAUAUGUCUUGUGUCAGUUUUGGAUGGAUUUUACAGUAUCUUUAUCCCUUUCUGCAUCACGUGCCAAAUGACAAAAGACAAUAAUCUCUACUGGGAUAUAUGUUCACCAAUGUAAAACAAAAAGUGAGUGUCUUGACUUGUUUGUACACUCCAGUAACAUAAAUGCAAACCUUCAGACAUGAAACGUGGUAAGUCCCUGAUCAGAGUGAUAUUAAAAGUUUCGUCCAUUAACAUUUGAUCAGCGUAGCUCAAGGAGUCAGGGUUGAAUUGAUUCCUCCAGGGCAAAAUCUGGUUCAUUUACAGAAACGCUGAUUAAUGCUAAUUGCAAAACUGCAGACGUGAGUCACAUAUUAAUUCAAAUUGUGAGUUUUUUUUCCUGCAAGUAUUUGCUUUAGUUUGCUGGAACUAGAAGAGAGUCAGUUUUCUGCACUUUGGUUGUAAUUGGUUACUUUGUUUCUCUUGUGCUAAAAAAUUAUAACUGAAACCAUCUAAAGCAGUAAAUAUAUAUAUUUUUAUCCCACCUUUGCCAUAGCAUUCAUGCUCAAGAGGAGCUCUAAAAACAGUAAUGAGACUUAUGUGCAGUCUCAGAUCCCUGUGGAGCAGCUCGAGCUGGCUCUGCUUCGCUGUUUGUAGUCAUGCAUCUGGUGCAUUUAUCGACAAGGUAUAUUCAGCUACGUGCCUCAGCAUCAAAGCGCGAGAGUGGGAGUACGGCCCUGCGGCAGGGCAGUAUCCUAUAGGCUACAUCAAGCUUUCGCAUGCUGCAGAAACAACAUAACCUCAUGAACCAUUUGAGCUCACAUAGGGCUUUUACUACCUUUUUCUACACCCUUGAAAAAUCUGUUCCUGUCAUCUAAAGUGAUAUUUUGAAAAAAACAGAAUAUAUACAUAUAUAUAUUCAGCUCUCAGAGGCAUGUUAAGACACCGCAUGCAGAUAAACCAGUGCCUAUAGAGUUGAAGGCAACCUCACUUUCUUAUUGCUCUGACUCUUGCUUGAGCAGGUCUAUGUGAACUUCUGGUGUGACAUCACAACCCUCUACCUUUACAGCUGCAAAAAAAGCAAAGAAAAAAGUAUAAAAAAGAGAAUUUACACUCUGAAAGGUACAAAUAAAAGCAUAUACAGUACAGACUGUAAGUAUUUGGGCAGUUAUACAUUUUCUGUUCUUCCCACUCUGUGCUUCAGCGCACUCAGUUGAAAUAAAUUAAUGGAAACACCAUCCAAGUGCCAUCUCAACUUUUAAUUAAGUAGGUUUAGAUCAAUAUUGAUAUUGAAUGCACUGAAGCACAGAGCCUGAGGAACAAAAACUGUGUAAUUGUCCAAAUACUGAUGGUCUGGACUGUAUAAUAUGUGACUGAUACCACUGCCAUGCUGUAAAAUUUGAUUUUAUACAAAUUAUGUAGCCUAUAAAAGAAACCAUGACACUGCACCCUCUUUGCUUUACUGACUCUGUGCUUCAUCUAGUGACGUAGGUUACCGCAGCACUUAGUGUGACAAGCAUGACUUUACAAUUUGAUAUGAGGAUGUUUCAAAUAUUCAUUCGGAGUCUUAGUCCCACUCCACCUGUGAAUAUAUUGUAUAAGCAGUGUAUAUUUACAGUGUAAGAUAUGUUACAUUGUAGGCUUUUAGCAAAGCAUUUUGCACUGUGUACCACUUUACUGUAGCCAAAGUGACAUUACUUCCUGUGUGGUCCUUCCUACAUGGUGAUGCAUCAUCAGUACUUUGUUCAUCCCCAGACAACAAUAAAUGAUGUGGAUAUAUUGUUGUGUA